UGAAGAAACUCAAGAGAGUGACACCGGAGAGAGAGAGAGAGAGAGAGAGAGAGAGAGAGAUGUCUGCGAUACGGAGAGUGAUUCGGAGCCUCAACACGGCCGUGGAUUGUCCCAGUCUUACUAGAUUUUCUCUUCAUCCUCCAAAGAGCGUGGAGGUGGAAUUUUCCAACGGCAACACGUAUAAUUUGUCAGCUGAGUUCUUAAGGAUCUACAGCCCAGCUGCAGACAGCAAAGUUAGAUCAUUUGGAGGUGAAAAGGUGAUAUUUGGGCGACGGCAUGUUGGAAUCAUGUCUGCAGAACCCAUAGGGAACUAUGGGGUAAGGAUACUGUUCGAUGACUUGCAUAAAACUGGGAUUUACACGUGGGAUUAUAUGUAUCAUCUUGGGAGCAACAAGUUUACCCUCAUGAGAAAUUAUAUUAGAACUCUGAAGAAGCAUGGACUCAGUCGGGAUCCACCUAGAAGAAAAUGAUGAGCAGAAUGUUCUAGGCGAUCGGUCGUUCGAUCUCUUGAAGUGAUGUGGUUCGACUUGUCACUUGCCUGAAGGAAUUAUGGGUGUGAAAGCUAAGUGGGAUUGGCGUUCUCUCCUAGUUUCAUGUAUGAGCCGAAGAUGCACAGGCACAGGAGAAUCUGCUGCCUACAAAUUGCACAGGUGCUUCAUAUGUACAUGAUUGUAAUUGUACUCGUAUGAGUUUGUUUUAGACGAUUCACUGUGUUAAUGAUUCCUCAUUUUUUCUGUAAAUGCUAGCCGAUGGGGAGUGAAAUUUUUACGUCCCUUCGUUAUCA